AAAACCCGGCAGGUAAUGCUCUAUUCUUCAGUCUUCAGGUCCACGGAUGAUGCACGUGAUGUGCACGUGUACGUGCAACCGUGAUGCUCAUGUUUUUAUUUUAAUUUACUCUGUAACUGCGUGAUCUCGCGAUACUUAACGAAAUUACGUACGAUGUUACCUCUGAUUGAUCACAUAGUAACUCUACUAUACCUCGAAAAUUUAAAACGCGCUAGUCAAUCACACGUGAGAGAAAAUGUAUUUCUCUUUAUCGUUAGAGCAUAAUAACCUGAUUAUAAGUUGAAUGAACGAAGCUGGACUUAAUAAUGCUUACACUACAAUUCGGGCAAUGCGGAAAUCAAUUAGGACAUACGUUGUUCUCGAAAAUAUCGUCGGAUUUGGAAUGCGUAAACACAGAAGUGUCGUAUAACGCUAAUUAUCAGUAUUCCGCAGACACGUUUAACAAGUGGUUUAGUGGUAUAUCUAAAACUAACGCGCGUUUAGCAAGAGCAAUCCUUGUAGAUACAGAGCAGAAAGUAAUAAAUAAAGUAUACAAUGAUAUCAAUGUUCCAUGGACGUAUUCCACAAAGAAUGUAAUUUGCCAAGCUGGUGGUGGUUGUGCAAAUAAUUGGGCGUUUGGUUAUUUAUUAAAAGGAUAUGAAUUAAGCGACAUGGUAUUGAAUUGUGUAAGGCAGGAAGUAGAGAAGUUAGAUCACUUUGAUGGUUUCCUGGCUCUGUUAAGUUCUGCAGGUGGAACAGGUUCUGGUAUUGGUAGUUAUAUUACAAAAUUGUUACAUGAGGAGUAUGAUAAAAAGCCAAUUGUUAAUACAACAAUACUACCAUUUUCAUUUGGUGAAGUAUGCACACAAAACUAUAACACAGUAUUAACUUUGGCAAAACUUUACAAUGAAAGCGAUCUAAACAUUUUCAUUGAAAAUGAACAAAUAUAUAACAUAUGUACAAACUUGUUAAAGAAAUCAUCUACUAGUCUGUAUGAUAUGAAUGACGUUAUCUCUGAGAAAUUAUUAGGUGUAUUUCAGCCUACAAGUUAUGUGAAACACAGCAUGAAUGCGAUACUAUCACAAAUAGCAUGUCAUCCUUCAUACAAAAUAGCAACAAUAAGAAGUACCCCACAUGUACCUCCAACAGUUCUAAAGUAUGAGCCUAUGUAUAAUUGGAAUUCAUAUAUACGGCACUUAAAGGAAACACUGAGGAUACCAAAUUUCAAUUCACAGUUAACUAAUGCUGAAUUAAAAGUGCCAUCUAACUCAUUAGGCGAUACUGCACAUCAUGUAUACACCUGUUCAGUAUCAAAUAUUUUAAUAACACGUGGAUUAGUAACAGAACAAGACUACGUAAUAACUGAUGAAUUUAGGGAUAAACAUCUAUAUGCAGAAUGGAAUACAGUUGAUUGGUUUUCUCAUUCCCAUCAAAAUCGGAAGCUCUUGAACUACAAUAAAUUUCUUGCCUUGAUCACGAACAAUUCUAAAAUUUCUGAUUUCCUAGAUACACUUUUAAAUAAAACUUGGAAGUCUUACGUUCAUUCUGCAUACCUACAUCAGUAUAAACAGUUCGGUCUAGAAGAUGACGACUUUCUGCAAGCGUUUGCAGUACUUGAAAAUGUUUUAAAGGAAUAUAGAGAACUGAUUCCUCAUGUAAAAAAGUAAUGAAUCUGUAAACGAAUAGAAAUUUCAUGUUCUAGUUGAAAUUUUAAUCCCAUGCAUCAGUUGACGUCAUAAAUUCAAAUAUUACGUAUAUGUAAACGUCAAGAGCACGAAUGAAAGGGUAACUAUGACGUCACAAAAGAAUCGAUAGCAUGUGCGUGUAUGCGUCAAGAGAUUUAAGGGAAUAUGAUGAAUGAAGAUAAGAUUGAUAGAAAAUAAUAGUUAAUUCGUAAUAUACCGUUGAAGUAACUGAAUUUGUAAACAGUAAAAAUAAAACAGAACGUGCUAUAAA